AUGCCGUAUGUCGUAUUGCCCGCGUCUGAAGAGUAUAUAAAGUUGGCUAAAGUAUCGAUUAAAAAAUAUAGUAAAAGUUUUCUAUUCCGGAUCAAGUUAAACAACAUGAAAUUUUGUUGGUUUUUCAUUUAUAUCUUUUCUGUUUUCCUGUCAUGUCUUUCAGAAGUAAUAAUCCCGAAAGAUACCAACAGUCUCACAUUGAGCGAAUGCCAAGUUGAAGGAAGCACAGCAAUAACUAAGAGAGAUUUCCCAUGGUACACAUUUGUUGAGGUUGUUACAACUGAUCAGCGCAUUAGAGGACCAUUCUUGAUAUGGAUAUCAUUCUAUAGUUUUGGUAAUCUUGCUUUGAACUUACCUAUAGUAUAUGAUGAAUGCCGCCAAAGAGAAAGAAAACAGUUAAUACCUCGUGGCCAAUGUCGAAAAGCGAUUAAAGCUUCGGUGUGGUAUUUAUCAACUAGUGCGGUUACAAUUUAUGGGCUAACAAACGCUGCAAAUGCAUCACUUAAGUUUACUGAAACCAUCGAGGUAUUGACAAAAGCAGUUGUCCAGCUAACAAUGCUAUCAAUUAUGAAUCCUCAAGAUAUAUUACCGAACGGAAAUUAUCAUUAUCUAAUAAUCAUAAUUAUGAUGGGGUGUAUGUUUUGGAAUUUGUGCUAA